UCUUCCACGUCCACCAAUGACACGUGCCUGGACACUAAGUGAMAUCACAAGACCAAAUAAGGAAAUAAUCUUAUCCCAGAAUUCACGUCAAGAUAGUGAUGAAGUCAUGAACGAGGACCAUAAGGAGAAAGAAGGCGAUGACUUGAUUUUAAUGGCUUUGGCAGAACGCACGAAAAAUAAACAGCUACAAAAACGAAAAUCAGAGAUACCACUUGGAGAAAUCAAGAAAGCUCUGAAAAACAAAGAAAAAAUGAAAGAUGAAAGAAUUAAAAGAGAGAAUGGGAUUGAAAGAGAGMAAGAGAAACCAAAGAUUUUUAAUUCACAGGAAUAUAAUGAUGGGACAACUGCAUCUUGGGAUUUUCUACGGAAAAGAAACAAGAGGAUCUCGAGAUGGAGAAACAGGGUCAACCCAAUCGACGAACAAGUACUGGCUAUUAAUAAAUCGACCGAUCAAAAAGAGGAUGUAAAGCAUCAUAGUAGCCACGGCAAUGUCACACAACAAGAUGUAACGCAACAAAUCAAAGCAAGUCACGCUAGUUUGAAUGAUCCUAAUGAGCACCAAAAAAGGAAAAAUGCCAAUCAUAAAGAAUUAUUAGAAGAUCAUGUGCUGUCACGGGCAUGCAAGAGUGUCACGCAGAGUAAAGUAACGCAAGAUUCCAAACUAGAUCAUUCUGAUCAUAAUAGAACACGAGACAAAUUAACGUCACGUAAUGAUGUCACGCAAUCUGGUGAAACACAUAAUAUCAAGAAAAAUAUGAGAAUUUCAUCGUCCAAAGAACCUUUCAAUGCAACAGGAGCAAACAAUAUUGUAACGCAAUUUAAAAAGACGUCACGAACGGGUGAUAAUGUCACGCARCACUCGUGCCAAACUUCCGUUGGKAGMAAAGAAGGCAAUUCAGAGGAAAAGACAGUGAAUCAAGRUGUAACACUAGACAAUGCGCAAAGAAGACUUUCAUACGAAGAAGAGAUGGAGAUAGMUAUGGAGGCACGRCAUCUUGUCGAGCGAGUUCUUUUUCGAGUUUGUUUAGAGGGCUAAAAAGACAAUGUAGGCACUCGACGACCUCACGGUUUGACGGUUAAAAACUAGCGAUUUAACGGUCGAUGGUGAACCCCAUCGAGACCCUCUAUCAGAUUGWUCAUUUUCAACCAUUCCCAUGAGAUUCAAAAGAUAAAAGACCGGCGACCAUGUUGGAGGAAUGAACAAUAGAUACUAAUGAGAAAUCCAUGUUGAAGUUCCUCCAAGAUGGCAGCUGUGACGUGACCUGUAAACGAAGUAAAUACCCUUACAAAAUGUGUUAGAAUCAGGGGCUAUUUUAUUGAUUAUCGCUGCAUGAUUCUGACGUAUUCUGGCCCAGAACCGGGUGAGGUAUAGUCAAUGCAUUAUUUUUCUUGCCCGCUUCCUUCUUCCUAAUCAUUCCCAGGAAAACAUUUGAAGUCUAUUUUUGUUGUAUAAUCUAAUUGGACAAUUACUAUGCAAAACCGGAAAGCGCGACAUCGCAAAAAUAAAUUUCUCGAAGGAGGGUCACCACAAAUAUGGGUGGCCUUACCUUUGGACAUUUUAGCUGUCAUAUCAUUUUAGAUUGUACUGUUUACUCGUAUCUCACAUUUCCAGACUAAAGCUCAGGGUCAUUCAAACACUGAACAGUGUCGGCGUGGYGAAAUAGGGGCGUCAUCCACUCUAUAAGACACAAAGCUUUUACUCUGCGAUGUAUUAACGCAAUAUGGCUUACAAAGUAGUUUGUAGAAAUGUUUUGGUUUUCGUUCUGGUGAUUAUUGUACUUCCRGGUGAGUUUGUAGCAAACUAUUCUAUACUUUUCAUUGAUUGUAAAUCUUACUUCCGGCCUUCAAUGAUACUAAACUAUUCAAAAACGAACCCAAAACGCUGGGCUUUGAAGCGCUUUCUAAUGAUAGUAUACACCCGGCAUUCUUCAUGAGUAUAGCACGUAAUAAAUAGCUGGUAAUGGCAAACUACUGGCCAGCAGUUUCAAGUGAGCCGGACGGAGCUGCGGAUUCUUAGAAAUCACAUGUCAUUCACGUGCUAUUCAAUGCAUAUCGUCUUCAUUGCUGCUUUUCAUUCUCGUGUGUUCAGCUUGUCUUUGCAGAAAUGUAUAGCACUUUGUUUAUUAAAUGUUUGAAUGUAAUUCUUCAAUUUCUUAUUCUUAAGUCCAAAUUGUGAGAAUAUCAUAAGAUGCGUGUCUCAAAAUUCUUAAAUAUCUUUAUUUAGAGGUGAUUUGCACGAUUCGAUUACAAACGCRGUUUAGUGAAUACUUUGGACAUUUUCUUUUGUAAUGUAAUUAGUGAUAUCUUUAGGCCUCUAUGAUGCCCAAAUGCGUGUAAUAAAUAAUUGGAUGAGGAAAUUACGAGGUAGUAUGCCGAGUAAUAAAAUACGGCAGACAUGGCAAUUUUCCUUGUCGAAUUAUGGAGUCCUAGACUACCUAUUAUUAUAUAUUCACAUAUUAUUCCUAACUGGGCGUUUAAGAAAAUAAUUGGACAGGUGCCAAUUUAGGAUUAAUAAUGAUUAAUUAAUGAUGUAUGRUUAUGUUUUAAUCUUAAAGGGAUAAAAAAUCUGAGMACUCGCUAA